AUGGCACAAGGUGUAUUUUACCCCUUCGGACCAGGGGAUUCAUAUUCCAGUCGUGUCGAUGAUGGCUGGUCGUCCAUUAGCAUAUCACAACCAUUUCGCUAUUUCAGGCAGGCAUUAACCCGGAUAUACGUUAACAACAACGGAUUUCUCACCUUUGACAGUGGGUGGUUCGAAUAUGAUCCAUACCAAUUUCCUGCUUAUGCACACCGCAACCUCAUUGCCCCGUUCUGGACAGACCUUGACAACCGAUUCAGAGGCAACAUAUCCUACCGCCAGUACACCAAUGGCAGUGUCCUCCAGCAAGCUACAACAGACAUUAACCAGUACUUCCCUGGAAUAAGCUUCUCAGCCUCCUGGGUCUUUGUUGCAACAUGGGACAAAGUGGAAUAUUUCCCAUUAACAGAAACAGUAACAUCAUUCCAAGUGGUCCUGAUCUCAGGGGCUCGAGGCUCAUUUGCACUGAUGAAUUAUGGUGCCAUUGGUGCGACACGCUAUCAGGUGCAGGCUGGCUAUGAUACUAUCAACUCAACACAUCAUUUCUCAAUCCCCGACUCCUUCAUGAGCAACAUCGGCAAUUUAAGGAACACAAGCAACGUCAACAGGCCAGGUCGCUGGGCCUUCCAGGUUGAUGAUGAACAGCAGGACUGCCAAUAUAAUGGUUUACCUGUGCAGGUUGGAGACUCUUUCUGGACAGAUGCCACCUGUCAGCAAAGAUGCACCUGCGUCAGUGGAGGCCUCCUCCAGUGCCAGCGACAGCCCUGCACCUUUUCCCAGGUGUGUCGUCCAGCGACCUUCCAGUACUCCUGCCAGAAUAUUCAUCGACGCACCUGCACCAUCUCUGGUGACCCCCACUACAACACCUUUGAUGGGAAAGUCUUUCAUUUCCAGGGAACCUGCACGUACAUACUCUCCGAGACUUGUGGCAAUGGACUGCCAUACUAUCGUAUUGAAGGGAAGAAUGAGCAUCGGGGCAGCACAUGUGUGUCGUGGACCCGUCUUGUAAGAGUGUGGGUUUACGGUGAGGAAAUUGAGCUGGUCAAAGGCCAUCAUUACCAAGCAUUGGUGAACGGUAGUUUUGUGACGACCCCAUUUACCCUACGGAAUGGGGCCAUCCAGGUCUACCAAUCAGGUUUCUCUGUGGCUGUCAGUACAGACUUUGGCCUGCUGGUCGCCUAUGAUAACUAUGACUAUGUCAGAAUCUCAGUGCCCUACGAGUACCAAAACGCCACCUGUGGCCUGUGUGGCAACUUCAACCAACACCCUCAUGAUGACUUCCGAACCCGUGGUGGGCAGCUUGUGAGCUCAGACGUGGAGUUUGCCAACAGCUGGAAGGCCCCAGGGGACACUGACCCAGGCUGCCAGGACGUGCAAUUUGCGGGACUGGCUUGUCCUGCCUGUACCGAUAACCAAAGGACUCUUUACGGAAACACUGCCCACUGUGGAAUCCUCAGCAAUAAUGUUGGCCCGUUUGUUUCCUGUCACUCAAUGCUGUUUCCACAGAGCUUUGUAGAAAAUUGUGUGUAUGACCUGUGUGUGAGUGACGGCUACCAGCCCAUCCUCUGCCAAGCACUCAACGUGUAUGCUGCCCAGUGUCAACAAGAGGGCAUUCAGUUGGGCCAGUGGAGGAAAGAGGGAUUCUGUGAAAUCCCCUGUCCAGCCAACAGCCACUUUGAGUCUCAAGGAACUGGAUGCCCUGUAACCUGCAGCAACCCCAAUGCUACCCAGAAUUGCCCACUGCCCAACCUGGAGAGCUGCAUCUGUAAUGCUGGCUAUGUCCUAAGCGGCGGGCAGUGUGUUCUGGAGAGUGACUGUGGCUGCACCUUUGAGGGGCGGUAUUAUACAGCUGGGGAGAAAGUGGUGCUAGACCAGGACUGUGGGAGGCACUGCCACUGUACUCAAGGGACAAUGAGCUGCCAGACACACAGCUGCAGUGAGCUGGAGGUGUGUGGGGCCCACGGUGGUGUGCGGAACUGCAGACCUCUCAGCUACGCCACCUGCUGGGUGGAGGGUUACGGGUCGUAUCGCACCUUUGAUGGAAAGACCUUCCAUUACCCAGGUGCCUGUAGUCUGACAUUGGCGAGGGUCAGGGGACAAUCACAAUUACCUCAUUUUCAAGUAAGUGUCGAGAAAGUUCCCACAGGCCUUAGAGAUUUUGCCAGACACCUGAAGUUUGAAACAGAAGGAACACAAGUUUCUGUGGAGAUGGGGGAAGGAGCCACAACAAAGGUGGAUGGGCAAACAGUGGGCAUUCCUUUCAGUGUCAGCUCAGGUCAUAUUCACAUCUACCACAGCAGUGUAAAAGGUGUUGUCAUAGAGACCAACUUCGGAGUGAUGGUGAGAGCUGACUGGCCACAUAUCAUCCGCAUUACCGCUCCUGGCAACUACAACGGCACUCUAGGAGGCCUGUGUGGAGAUCUGAAUGGAGACCUUCGCGACGACUUCCUCUCCCCCACUGGAGUUCCCAUCUACGACUUACAGCAGUUUGGGGACAGCUGGAGAGAUGGCUCCCUGUCAGCAUUCUGUGUGGAACCUCCGGUCUUGGAACCAGGACACUACCAGAACACAAGUCAGUUCAGGGAGCUCUGUGGCAUCAUGGGAUGGGCACACGGGCCUUUUAGCCAGUGCCAAGCAAGGCUGGACCCCUGGGGACGGAUUGAAGACUGUGUCCAGGCUUUAGUGAGAACACGUGGUACUCGAGAGGCCCUGUGCGAGGCAUUGCGUGGCUACACCCUUCUUUGCCAACAGAGUGGCAUCACAGUAGGGGAAUGGAGGAACAUCACUAACUGUGACGUAACCUGCCCACCCAACAGCCAUUAUGAGCCAUGUGGAACAUCCUGCCCAGCUUCCUGCCCAAGCCUGUCUUUCCCCUUCCUGUGUACUCAGCAGUGUCAGGAGGGGUGCCAGUGUAAUGACGGGUUCCUCCUGAGUGGGGAUCGUUGUGUGCCACCCACGGGUUGUGGCUGCCACCAUGGCGGGCGCUAUAGACAGAGUGGAGAGCGCUACUGGUAUGGUGAGGAGUGCCAGUUCCUGUGCCAGUGUAAUGGCAUCACCGGACAGUCGCAUUGCAUGGCCACUUAUUGUGGUGCUCAGGACUCUUGUCGAGUCGUGGAUGGACAGUACGGUUGCCAUCCUAAACCUGAAGCCACCUGCUCGGCCUCUGGAGACCCACACUACACCUCCUUUGACAGACGCACCUUUGACUUCCAGGGUACAUGUCGUUAUGUCCUGGCAUCAGUUUGCAAUGGAACACGAGGCCUACCUCACUUUCAGGUGGAGGCCAGGAAUGAGGCAUGGAAUGGUCUGCACGUCUCCAUAACUGUGGCAGUUUACGUCAAUGUGUCUGGACAUCUGGUGUACAUUUCAAAAGAGAAUCGGGGGACUGUGCAGGUGAACGGGGAAACAAGAAACCUGCCAGUCCUUCUUGAUGGGGGCAGAGUGUCUGUCUAUGCCAACGGACUGCACACAUUUGUGAAAGCAGACUUUGGUCUGACUGUCGGUUAUGAUGGCCGGUGGGUGUUGGACAUCACAGUGCCAUCCAACUACAGUGGUGCCACAUGUGGCCUGUGUGGAAACUUCAACGGCAUCCAGGGUGAUGACUUUACUGUCCAGGAAGGGAGUUCUGGCUCUGUGGCCCUCUCUGCUUCUGAUUUUGGAGACUACUGGAAGGUUGAUGACGGCAUGCCCUGUACUGGAGGAUGUGGAAACUCCUGCCCAGUGUGCCCAGAUGACUCAAGAGCCCGUGUCCAGUGUGAGCUACUCAGAUCUAGAAAUGGACCACUGAGUUUCUGCCAUAUCCACGUGGACCCCCAGCCAUUCUUUCACGACUGUGUCUUUGACAUGUGCCUGUCUGGGGGCAGAAACGAAGUCCUGUGCCGCGUGAUGGGAGCAUAUGUCAGCGCAUGCCAAACUGCAAAUGUCAUCAUCUACCCCUGGCGUCAAAACACCACAUGCCAAAUGGAGUGUCCAGAGAAUAGCCACUACGACCUGUGUGGCACAGAGUGUGGGCACACCUGUGCCAGCAGCAUUGAUGCCAGCUGUGACAGGACCUGUGCUGAGGGCUGUUUCUGUGAUGAUGGAUUUGUGAGGAGCGGGGGGCGCUGUGUCCCUGUGGAACAGUGUGGCUGUCUUUAUGACGGCUUCUACUUUGAGAUCGGGGAACAGUUCUGGACACAAGCCUGCUCUCAGCGCUGUGAGUGUUUUGCCCAAAAUGACCUCCGCUGCACCCAGUCCUUUUGCCCCCCAACUCAGGAGUGCUCUGUCAGAGAUGGCCGCCGGGGUUGCUAUGGUCACCCGCCGACCUGCACAAUCUGGGGAGACCCUCGCCUCAUCACCUUCGAUGGGGCUCUGCAGGUUGGACACUCUUUCUGGACAGAUGCCACCUGUCAGCAAAGAUGCACCUGCGUCAGUGGAGGCCUCCUCCAGUGCCAGCGACAGCCCUGCACCUUUUCCCAGGUGUGUCGUCCAGCAGCCUUCCAGUACUCCUGCCAGAAUAUUCAGCGACGCACCUGCACCAUCUCUGGUGACCCCCACUACUACACCUUUGACGGGAAAGUCUUUCAUUUCCAGGGAACCUGCACGUACAUACUCUCUGAGGCUUGUGGCAAUGGACUGCCAUACUAUCGUAUUGAAGGGAAGAAUGAGCAUCGGGGCAGCACACGUGUGUCGUGGACCCGUCUUGUAAGAGUGUGGGUUUACGGUGAGGAAAUUGAGCUGGUCAAAGGCCAUCACUACCAAGCAUUGGUGAACGGUAGUUUUGUGACGACCCCAUUUACCCUACGGAAUGGGGCCAUCCAGGUCUACCAAUCAGGUUUCUCUGUGGCUGUCAGUACAGACUUUGGCCUGCUGGUCACCUACGAUGCCAAUCACUAUGUCAGAAUCUCAGUACCCUACGAGUACCAGAACGCUACCUGUGGCCUGUGUGGCAACUUCAACCACCACCCUCUUGAUGACUUCCGAACCCGUAGUGGGCAGCUUGUGAGUUCAGACGUGGAGUUUGCCAACAGCUGGAAGGCCCCAGGGGACACUGACCCUAGCUGCCAGGACGUAGAAUGUGCAGGGCUGGCUUGUCCUGCUUGCACCGAUAACCAAAGGGCUCUUUACGGAAACACUGCCCACUGUGGAAUCCUCAGCAAUAAUGUAGGCCCGUUUGUUUCCUGUCACUCAAUGCUAUCUCCACAGAGCUUUGUAGAAAACUGUGUGUAUGAUCUGUGUGUGAGUGACGGCUACCAGCCCAUCCUCUGCCAAGCACUAAACGUGUAUGCUGCCCAGUGUCAACAAGAGGGCAUUCAGUUGGGCCAGUGGAGGAGAGAGCGAUUCUGUGAAAUCCCCUGCCCAACCAACAGCCACUUUGAGUCUCAAGGAACUGGAUGCCCUGCAACCUGCAUCAACCCCAAUGCUACCCAGAUUUGCCCACUGCCCAACCUGGAGAGCUGCAUCUGUAAUGCUGGCUAUGUCCUAAGCGGUGGGGAGUGUGCUCUGCAUAGUGACUGUGGCUGCACCUUCGAGGGGCGGUACUAUACAGCUGGGGAGAGAGUGGUGCUAGACCAGGACUGUGGGAGGCGCUGCCACUGUACUCAAGGGACAAUGAGCUGCCAGACACACAGCUGCAGUGAGCUGGAGGUGUGUGGGGCCCACGGUGGUGUGCGGAGCUGCAGACCUCUCAGCUACGCCACCUGCUGGGUGGAGGGUUACGGGUCGUAUCGUACCUUUGAUGGAAAGACCUUCCAUUACCCAGGUGCCUGUAGUCUGACAUUGGCGAGGGUCAGGGGACAAUCACAAUUACCUCAUUUUCAAGUAAGUGUCGAGAAAGUUCCCACAGGCCUUAGAGAUUUUGCCAGACACCUGAAGUUUGAAGCAGAAGGAACACAACUUUCUGUGGAGAUGGGGGAGGGAGCCACAACAAAGGUGGAUGGGCAAACAGUGGGCAUUCCUUUCAGUGUCAGCUCAGGUCAUAUUCACAUCUACCACAGCAGUGUAAAAGGUGUUGUCAUAGAGACCAACUUCGGAGUGAUGGUGAGAGCUGACUGGCCACAUAUCAUCCGCAUUACCGCUCCUGGCAACUACAACGGCACUCUAGGAGGCCUGUGUGGAGAUCUGAAUGGAGACCUUCGCGACGACUUCCUCUCCCCCACUGGAGUUCCCAUCUACGACUUACAGCAGUUUGGGGACAGCUGGAGAGAUGGCUCCCUGUCAGCAUUCUGUGUGGAACCUCCGGUCUUGGAACCAGGACACUACCAGAACACAAGUCAGUUCAGGGAGCUCUGUGGCAUCAUGGGAUGGGCACACGGGCCUUUUAGCCAGUGCCAAGCAAGGCUGGACCCCUGGGGACGGAUUGAAGACUGUGUCCAGGCUUUAGUGAGAACACGUGGUACUCGAGAGGCCCUGUGCGAGGCACUGCGUGGCUACACCCUUCUUUGCCAACAGAGUGGCAUCACAGUAGGGGAAUGGAGGAACAUCACUAACUGUGACGUAACCUGCCCACCCAACAGCCAUUAUGAGCCAUGUGGAACAUCCUGCCCAGCUUCCUGCCCAAGCCUGUCUUUCCCCUUCCUGUGUACUCAGCAGUGUCAGGAGGGGUGCCAGUGUAAUGACGGGUUCCUCCUGAGUGGGGAUCGUUGUGUGCCACCCACGGGUUGUGGCUGCCACCAUGGCGGGCGCUAUAGACAGAGUGGAGAGCGCUACUGGUAUGGUGAGGAGUGCCAGUUCCUGUGCCAGUGUAAUGGCAUCACCGGACAGUCGCAUUGCAUGGCCACUUAUUGUGGUGCUCAGGACUCUUGUCGAGUCGUGGAUGGACAGUACGGUUGCCAUCCUAAACCUGAAGCCACCUGCUCGGCCUCUGGAGACCCACACUACACCUCCUUUGACAGACGCACCUUUGACUUCCAGGGUACAUGUCGUUAUGUCCUGGCAUCAGUUUGCAAUGGAACACGAGGCCUACCUCACUUUCAGGUGGAGGCCAGGAAUGAGGCAUGGAAUGGUCUGCACGUCUCCAUAACUGUGGCAGUUUACGUCAAUGUGUCUGGACAUCUGGUGUACAUUUCAAAAGAGAAUCGGGGGACUGUGCAGGUGAACGGGGAAACAAGAAACCUGCCAGUCCUUCUUGAUGGGGGCAGAGUGUCUGUCUAUGCCAACGGACUGCACACAUUUGUGAAAGCAGACUUUGGUCUGACUGUCGGUUAUGAUGGCCGGUGGGUGUUGGACAUCACAGUGCCAUCCAACUACAGUGGUGCCACAUGUGGCCUGUGUGGAAACUUCAACGGCAUCCAGGGUGAUGACUUUACUGUCCAGGAAGGGAGUUCUGGCUCUGUGGCCCUCUCUGCUUCUGAUUUUGGAGACUACUGGAAGGUUGAUGAUGGCAUGCCCUGUACUGGAGGAUGUGGAAACUCCUGCCCAGUGUGCCCAGAUGACUCAAGAGCCCGUGUCCAGUGUGAGCUACUCAGAUCUAGAAAUGGACCACUGAGUUUCUGCCAUAUCCACGUGGACCCCCAGCCAUUCUUUCACGACUGUGUCUUUGACAUGUGCCUGUCUGGGGGCAGAAACGAAGUCCUGUGCCGCGUGAUGGGAGCAUAUGUCAGCGCAUGCCAAACUGCAAAUGUCAUCAUCUACCCCUGGCGUCAAAACACCACAUGCCAAAUGGAGUGUCCAGAAAAUAGCCACUACGACCUGUGUGGCACAGAGUGUGGGCACACCUGUGCCAGCAGCAUUGAUGCCAGCUGUGACAGGACCUGUGCUGAGGGCUGUUUCUGUGAUGAUGGAUUUGUGAGGAGCGGGGGGCGCUGUGUCCCUGUGGAACAGUGUGGCUGUCUUUAUGACGGCUUCUACUUUGAGAUCGGGGAACGGUUCUGGACACAAGCCUGCUCUCAGCGCUGUGAGUGUUUUGCCCAAAAUGACCUCCGCUGCACCCAGUCCUUUUGCCCCCCAACUCAGAAGUGCUCUGUCAGAGAUGGCCGCCGGGGUUGCUAUGGUCACCUGUCAACCUGCACAGUCUGGGGAGACCCUCACUACAUCACCUUCGAUGGAGCUGUGGCUCACUUUCAGGGCACCUGUGCUUAUGAGAUUACCCACACCUGUGGCAACAUGAGUGAUGACGCCUUGACCUUCCGCGUUGUAGCCGCAAAUAGUCACCGUGGCAACUUAAUUGUGUCUUUUGUGUCCACUGUGGAUGUUUGGCUCUCUCGUGGAGGAGUACAAAGCCACAUCACUAUUGGGCAGAACAGGAGAGUCAAGGUUGAUGGUCAAGACAACAAUGCAAACACCGUUCAGGUUGGCUCCCUGGCGCAGUUGACUCAGGGGUCUGGAUUUGUGGUUGUGAAUGCCUCAGGGGAGCUGGUGGUCCAGUUUGAUGGUCGUAGUACACUUCUAGUCAGACUGAGUCCAAAGUAUCAUCAAUCUGUGUGUGGGAUGUGUGGGAAUCACAAUAACAACCCAGCAGACGACAAGGUUCUGCCCAAUGGCACUCUGGCCCAGACUGACAGGCAAUUUGGUCAAAGUUGGAAAUCGAAUGCAAACAGUACUGGAUGUGGAGCCAGUGGACCGGACGAACCGUGUCUGUCCAAAGCAGAAUACACAGAUAAAUGCAGCAUCCUCACCAACAGCAGCGGCCCGUUCCAGCAGUGCCACCUGCAUGUUGACCCACAGGCGUACCUCACUUCCUGCGUGUAUGAUCUCUGUGCCUACACACCAGCCCAUGGCAUGCUAUGCUCAGCGGUGGAGGCCUAUGAGACAGCUUGCACUGUGCUGGGGCUCCAAACAACAGAAUGGCGUUCUGCACUGCAUUGCUAUGUUGUUGACCCCUGUGAAGAGCUGGACUGCACUGAGGAUGAGUGGUGUGGCCAGAAAGAUGGAGUCUACGGCUGCUUCUGCAAUGAGGAUCACCCGAGACCUCAUGCUGAGUCCUUUGACUCUGUGGAGUACUGUUCCAGCAGCACAGGCACCAUGUCUCUGUCUCGCUGCCAGCUGUUUGAAGCAGGCUUCUCGGCUGACACCCUCCACCUCAACGACCCCAGCUGCAACGGCACACUCCAAGAUGGCAGAGUGGAGUUCCUUUUUGACAAUGAGAAUCACAUUUGUGGAACCACUCUGAGGAGCAACAGCACCCACUUCAUCUAUGAGAACUUAAUCCAGGGGGAGCCCAACUCAGCCGGUGGCCCCAUCAGCAGAGAGAGACGGAUACAACUGCUCUUCUGCUGUGUCUACCCCCUCACCCAGGCACUCUCCAUGAACAUAGACAUCAACCCCCUGGAGAGGUUGGUUUUGCCAUUAUCCCCUAGUGGUAAAGGAAACUACCGUCUCCGAAUGAUUCCCUAUGAAGAUGCAGGAUUCUCCCAUGCAUUCUCUGGGAGGGUUUACGUGGGGGUGAACCAGCGGAUCUAUGUGGCUGUCCGCGUGGACGGAGUGGACAGCCGCCAGAUCGCCGUCGUGAUGGACUCCUGCUGGGCUACUCCUGUCAAUCAGGCAGACUACCACAUUCGUUGGGACCUCAUCAGAAACGAGUGCCCCAACCCCAAUGGCAACACAGUGGAGAUGCUUCAGAAUGGCGUCAGCACAUCAGGUCGCUUCUCCUUCAGGAUGUUCACCUUCAAAGUUUACCUGCACUGCAGCAUCCACCUGUGCUUGGUGGCGAGCAACAACUGCACAGCCGUAAGUUCACCACAUCUAGAGCACAUCAGGAGGGAAUCUGACUAGCAGAG